AUAGAGCUCAAACUUGAGUCAUCUCCUCUAAUAACAAAAAAAUAAUCCGAAAAUGGUGCUCACAACGGCGACUCCUGCAGCGGAGUACGUGGAAUCCAGUACUUUUGCUUCCAGAUAUGUCCGCGAUCCCCUUCCCAGGUUCAAGAUACCAGAAAAUUCAAUGCCCAAGGAUGCAGCCUAUCAAAUAAUAAACGAUGAACUGAUGCUCGACGGGAAUCCAAGGUUGAACUUGGCAUCAUUUGUGACCACAUGGAUGGAGCCUGAGUGUGAUAAGCUCAUGAUGGAUUCCAUAAACAAGAACUAUGUCGACAUGGAUGAAUACCCUGUUACCACUGAGCUCCAGAAUCGAUGCGUAAACAUGAUAGCAAACUUAUUUAAUGCUCCAAUCGAGAGCGGCGAGGCGGCAGUUGGUGUCGGGACCGUUGGUUCCUCUGAGGCAAUAAUGCUUGCAGGCUUAGCCUUUAAAAGAAAGUGGCAGGAAAAGAGAAAAUCACAGGGCAAGCCCUAUGAUAAGCCCAACAUAGUCACGGGAGCGAACGUGCAGGUUUGCUGGGAGAAGUUUGCGAGGUAUUUCGAGGUAGAGCUGAAGGAGGUGAAGCUGAGAGAGGGAUAUUAUGUAAUGGACCCUGUGAAAGCGGUUGAUAUGGUCGAUGAGAAUACGAUAUGCGUGGCAGCCAUUCUGGGAUCGACCCUUACUGGGGAGUUUGAGAAUGUGAAGCUCCUUAAUGAACUUCUGACCAACAAAAACAAUGAAACUGGUUGGGAUACCCCAAUACAUGUGGAUGCUGCCAGUGGAGGCUUCAUCGCUCCCUUCGUUUACCCUGAUCUCGAGUGGGAUUUCCGCUUGCCAUUAGUUAAAAGCAUCAAUGUUAGCGGGCACAAGUAUGGCCUUGUCUAUGCCGGUGUUGGUUGGGUUGUGUGGAGAAGCAAGGAGGAUUUGCCCGACGAUCUCGUCUUUCACAUCAACUACCUUGGAUCCGAUCAGCCUACUUUCACCUUAAACUUCUCUAAAGGUAACAUUAGGAAUAGAGUUCAUACGCUUGUAUAUAUGUUAAUGAUUAUCAUCUCCUUCUCCCUUGUUGCAGGGUCCAGUCAAAUCAUAGCUCAAUAUUAUCAGCUUAUUCGGCUUGGUUUCGAGGGAUACAAGAAUAUCAUGGAAAACUGCAUUGGCAAUGCAAAAACUCUGAAGGAAGGGAUAGAAAGCACAGGACGAUUCGAAGUAGUCUCAAAAGACGUCGGCGUUCCCCUGGUGGCUUUUGCUCUGAAAGACAGCAGUAAAUACACAGUGUUUCAGAUAUCCGACAGUUUGAGGAAGUUCGGGUGGAUUGUUCCAGCGUAUACGAUGCCUGCAGAUGCUCAACACAUCGCUGUCCUGCGUGUGGUCAUUAGGGAGGACUUUGGUCGCAGCCUGGCCGAGAGACUUAUCUCACAUAUCAAGGAGGCGUUGAAGGAACUAGACUCACAGCCAAGUCAUAUCAUUAUGAAAGAUUCCCACGUUGGUGCCGUUGCCGAAGCAGCUGCAGAGGGGAAUAAGGGUGGGGAGGAAGCUAAAAGUGCUGAGAGAAUGAUUCAAGAGAAGGUCACCAAACAAUGGAGGAAUUUUGUGGAAAUUAAGAGGGUAGGUGUGUGUUGAAGAGAGUACGAAUCUAUGUUCUACCGUAUUGUUUGCAGCGUAGUUUGAAUAAGUGGAUUGUUGGGACUAACUGCUGCAUGUUUUACUUUUUUUACAUGGUAAUCUCUGUUGUGUUUGGAUAUUAUGUUCAAAUAAAGCAAUGUAUGGAAUGUGUUUUUAUUUA